AUGCUUUCUCCUGUUCAAACAAAUCAUGUUCAAACAACACCAUCUUCUCCAUUGCCUACCAUAGAACCUUCAAAAGGUACAACUGAACAACAACGUCGUCGAGCUUCAUCUAUAGCAAAAUUACUUGGUGGUCAACCAUUAAAUAAUCAACAAUAUGAAGAAAUUAAUCAACAAAUACUUGAUGAUCAAUCAAGUCAAAGUGUAACUAAUAAUAGUGAUAAUGGAACUGAUACGGGAAUUCAACGUUCACGUAGUUCUAUUACAAGAACUUUACUAAUGAAUGCAGAAAGAAAUGAUGGUACAUCGACGAUAACAACAAAAGCGCGACCAUCAUCACCGGAAUUUUCAAAAGACUUUGAAUAUUUAAUACGUCGAGAACUUGAUAUUGAACAUGCACCGUCAACACUUACUAGAAAUAGUUCAACACCAAGUAUAUUUCAGAAUCUCACUAGCGCUCGUAAUACACCUAAUACUACUCAAUCACUGUCACCAUCAAAAUUAAAACGAAAAAGAGUCAAUCCGAAACCACCAAUACCAACACCAACAAUAAAUAAAUCAUCGAAUAAUGCUCCAUUUACUAUACGUGAUCCAUUUGAACUUGAUUGUUCACCACCAUCAUCGUUAAAUUCAACAUCGAUUCAUCGUCCUCCUCAUCAUCAAAAUGAUUUAUAUCGUUUUGAUACAUCACAUCAUCGUCCUCAUCACCAACAUCAAAAUCAACAACAACAAUAUUCAUUACCAAUGAACAGUUCAACAACUAAUUCAUCUUCACUCACUUAUCAUAACUUAAAUAUAAAUUCGCCAGCCUAUGCACAAUUUAAAAUUCAUCAUGACCGCCUGUCUACAACACCUUCUUCAUCUUCGUCUUCGUCAUCACCAUCACCAUCAUACAAUUGUUGUCGUUAUCCAAUAACAGCUGAAUUAACAUUACCAACCCCGGUUUCACCUUUAUCACCUAAUACAUCAUCGCCUUCUAUUAUACCAAAUCAAACAAUUGCAACGUCAUCACAUAAAACGAAAGCGACACAUAAUCGACCAGAUAUAUAUGAAAUUCCAAUGCAACGAUCAUUUUCUGCUAUAUCUAAUCCAUCGAAUGCCUCAUUAUCGUCACCACCAUCGUCAUCUGGUCACAGUGUACCAUUAAAAAAACGUUUACUUCAUGCUUAUAAAAAUGAACAACGUCCUUCAUCAUCUCUGUGA